AUGAAAUUUCACUUCAAUGGCGGACUUGAUUGCCCAGAAUGGGUUCUUUCACAAAUUUCGCGAAUUUCAAAAAUUAGUUUAAACGAAUUUAAAGAAUUAUGUUCAAAAAUUGUAGAACAUUUUGAGAAUAAAACUGACAGAUGGGAGGAAAUUAAAUUUUCGUUUAAUGAUAAUUCUGCUAAUGGGCUUCGAAUCUCCAAAGCUAUUAUUGCAACGCUCAGCUUUAUACUAGAAAAGGCAACAAAAUAUGAUUGCGAACAAGAUGAUUUAGAAGCAGAAAUGCUCCAACUUGGACUUCCCGCAGAGCACACAAAAAUCUUACUUGAUAACUACAUCAAAAUAAAAAACUUCCAAAUAUUUAAAGAAUAUCCAUUUAAAGCCCCUCCAAUAAAAAUAUCUUCAAUUGAAAAACUUCAAACAAAUGAGGGAGAAGAACAACAAUUUUUACUUUCUACAAAAGAAGAAAUUAAAUUUACUAUAGAAGAGGAAUUACUUCUAAAACUUAAAAAAGGUUUUUUUUAA